GUCACCUCGUUCUUUAAAUGCUGUUUUGCAAGUGUUCAUUUAUUGGUAGGAGGUGUUUCAGUGUAUCUGACUUUCUGUUACAUGUUACUCUGUAACUAACUAUUCCUACUAAACCAACACACUCUUGUAAGAUUCUCUCACCAAACCAGAGAUGGCCCGAAUCUGACAGAAAAUGAAGAGCCUCAGAUAUUGUUCCACUUCAACAUUUAUCAUUAUCUUCAUUCACAUAAAUAUACUUGUCACUCAUGCAGAAGGGGUUGAUCCUGUCAUCCAGCUCCCACGUUCCGGAUUGAAAAGAACCCGAACCAGAUCUAAAUGGGUUCUUUCUGUCGGUGAUUAUGGUGCAAAAGGGGAUGGCCUUCAUAAUGACACCGAGGCCUUCCUGGAGGCUUGGAAAAUCGCUUGUUCUCUAUCUGGAUUUAUAAGUGUGGUUUUUCCAUAUGGGAAAACUUUUCUUGUCCAUCCGGUUGACAUUGGUGGGCCUUGUCGAUCUAAGAUCACUUUGAGGAUCUCAGGGACAAUAGUUGCACCACAAGAUCCAGUAGUGUGGCAUGGUUUAAAUCAGCGCAAAUGGCUAUACUUCCAUGGGGUGAAUCAUCUUACUGUAGAUGGUGGGGGGAGGAUCAAUGGAAUGGGACAGGAAUGGUGGGCCAGAUCUUGCAAGAUCAACUCCACAAAUCCAUGUCAUCCUGCUCCAACGGCCAUGACUUUUCAUAGAUGCAAGGAUCUGAAAGUCAGAAAUCUUAUGUUGAUAAAUAGCCAACGAAUGCACUUGUCAUUCACUAACUGUAUGCGGAUUGUUGCAUCCCAUCUCAAAGUGUUAGCACCUGCUUUCAGCCCUAAUACCGAUGGAAUCCACAUUAGUGCAACAAAGGGAGUUGAGGUCAGGGAUAGUGUAAUUAGAACAGGUGAUGACUGCAUCUCAAUAGUUAGAAAUUCUUCACGGGUCUGGAUCAGAAACAUCUCUUGUGGUCCUGGCCAUGGCAUAAGCAUUGGUAGCUUGGGAAAAUCAAAGAAAUGGGAGAAGGUGCAAAAUGUAAUUGUCGAUGGAGUUUAUCUUUACAACACUGAUAAUGGGGUGAGAAUCAAAACGUGGCAGGGUGGGAGUGGUUUUGCCUCCAAGAUCACAUUCCAGCAUAUCUUGAUGGAGAACGUGUCUAAUCCAAUAAUAGUAGAUCAGUACUACUGUGAUUCACGAAAUCCAUGCAAAAAUGAGACUUCGGCCGUCAGAGUGGAGAAUAUAUCCUUCAUUGAUAUACAAGGAACUUCAGCCACUGAAGAAGCAAUCAAAUUUUCCUGUAGUGAUGCCUUUCCAUGUGAAGGAUUAUAUCUCGAAAAUAUUUUUCUUGCAUCAUGCUUCGGAGGAAAUACUAGCUCUUUCUGCUGGCAAGCUCAUGGCUCUGCACGGGGUUUCUUACAUCCUUCUACCUGUCUCUCAAGCAGUGACGAUCGUAUUAGACAGAAUGUUGGGAUGGUUGGAAUCAAAGAGGCCAUGGAAGAUGAGCAAGCUCCAACUGCGUGCAUCUACAGAUUAUUGAAGCUGAUUCAGCUUGAAGCUCUAACACCUGCAUUAGCGAGGGCCAAGUUUGGGGCACCCAUGGGCAAGAGGCUUAUAACUGUUUUCUGAAGCUCUGAAAGUUCUAGGUACCAUCUUAUCAACAUACAGUGUUCCAUCCAGGUGAUCACACUCAUGUUGUAAAAUCCGGGCCUGCCAACCAGUUGCAUUUAUUUUGAUGGGUUCACCGUAACGAUCAAAACCUGCAACCUCAACAUCAAGGUACCGCUCUACCACAGCACUAUAUCCAGGAACACUGCAAAAUGUUAUUAAAGAUGAAAAUGUUUCUUGACACAUUAUUAUCACAUAAACACAAAUAUAAA